AUGCCUGAUAUUCCUGACAUUCCAGAAAUUACUGACAUUCCGGACAUUCCUCACAUUCCAAACAUUCCUGACAUUCCAGACAUUCCUGACAUUCCGGAAAUUGCAGACAUUCCUGACAUUCCAGAAAUUCCAGACAUUCCUGACAUUCCCGACAUGCCUGACAUUCCAGACAUGCCUGACAUUCCAGAAAUUCCAGACAUUCCUCACAUUCCAAAAUUUCCUGACAUUCCAAAUAUUCCUGACAUUCCAGAAAUUCCAGACAUUCCUGACAUUCCAAACAUUCCUGACUUUCCAAAUAUUCCUGACAUUCCUGAAAUUCUAAAGAUUCCUGACAUUCCUGACAUUUGUACCGGUUUGAUCAGGCUUGAUCCGGCUUUGAUCUUUGUCGGCACC